GUGAUUCCAGGUGCCGUGCAGGAAGCGGGGACUCGUCUCCUCCGCCGCUCUGAAUGUAACGAAACAGUAAGAAAGUGACAGCGGGUGGUCUCUCGGUGAUGUGAGGGAGCAGGACGUCUUUUCCCGGCUCGUUUCUCCGCUGCUGCUCCUCAUGGCGCUGCUCUCCGCGGCUCUCCUGCUCUGCUCCGGGCUGCUGGACACCACUUCCUCCGCAGUCGGUCAGAGCUGUGUGGACGAGAGCAGGUUUCAGGAGCGGGUGAUUUAUUUGGGGAAGGAGGAGCUUCCAUAUAGACUGCAGUGUCCUCUGGAUCCUGCACAGCUGAAGGGUGUCGAGGAAACCCAGCUGACAUGGCAGAAAGACUGUCAGCAGCUCCUCAACCGGGAGGGGAAGACCUAUCUGGAGUUCGCCACCCUCCGCUUAGAGGAUCAAGGAAAUUACACCUGCAUUCUGGACGGCAACAGCACAUCCACAUUCACCGUGCAUCUCACAGUUAAAGACUCUCCGUGCUCCAAAGCUCCAGAAUUUAAGCCCAAAGGGGGCCUGACCAGACUGUGGGGGAUUGUGGGGUCUGCUGUGACCCUGAACUGCAGCGCCCUCCUCCAUACCGACCCGUUGGAGGAACACUGUGACACCGCGCUGCAGUGGAGCAAAGCUGGACAACCUCUCACGAACCACACGCUUUAUCCGCUGAAUACAUCUUCAUGGUCUGCUGGUGAAGGACAGCUGAUGGUACAAAGUCUGCUGCUGGUUUCUAUCAGCGAGCUGGAAGACUUCGGAGUUUACAGCUGCUCAGUGAGGAAUGUUUCCUCAGACUUCAGCAUACAGAACUCAGACAUCCCGAGCCAUACGGCUGCUGUGAUCGCUGCUGUGGUCCUCCUCCUCCUCCUGGGUGUCGCGGCUGUCGUGUACUCCAGGUGUCACCUGAACAUCAAGCUGUGGUACAAGAACACCUAUGGAGACUACGAGCUGAAUGAUGGUAAACUCUACGAUGCCUACAUCUCCUAUGUCAACAAUGACUACGACCGGAAGUUUAUCAACUUUAUCCUUAAACCUCACCUGGAAAAUCAAAACCGGUACAAGGUGCAGCUCAAUGACAACGAAAUCCUUCCUGGUGCAGAACCUUCUGCAGACUUGGUCAUGAACAUGAGUCGCUCUCGUCGUCUCAUCGUGUUGCUGUCGUACGCUUACCUCGAGCAGGACUGGUGCACCCAGAACUUCAGGCAGGGCUUCCUGCACCUGUUCGAGUUGUGUCCGCGGCCCAUCGUCAUCAUGCUGGACGGUCAGUACAGACGAAUGACGUCGGACGUCAAGCAGCUGCUCGACGAGAACCAGCACCGCCUCACCAUCCUCACCUGGAAGCACAACUCUGUGACUCCGGCCUCCGUCUUCUGGAAGGAGCUGUCUCUAGCGAUGCCGCGCAGACUUUUCUUCCACAGCAAUUCUGCGGGCGACCCUCAGACUGUGCUGCAGGACGACAAAGACCCCAUGCUGACCCUUGACCCCGACUACCUGGACUGCCGCCCAGACUUGGACGGCGCUGGAGACGUCGGUCCUCGUCUCCCUGUGUAUAAGAAUCUGGCCGGUAGAGCUCCAGUUCUCCCCGCAGCUCCCAUCCCAGCGGCGGAGCCCAGACCCUCCGACAUCGACAUGUCGGACCUGGGAUCACGAAACUACGGAGCUCGCUCCGACUUCUACUGCCUGGUCACAAAGGAAGACAUCUGAUCUGAUCUGACAGUCCUCACCUGUCCUGUCCUGUCCUGUCAUGUAGCUGAAUGUUUUGUUAUGUUCCUUACUGUGUUUGAAAUCAGGGGGGUUUCUGUUACUUGGCAGAGUUCAAAUUCAAUGUUUUUUUGUGUUUUUUUUAUGUACAAUAUUGUGUGUGAAAGAAAAAAUGAAGGAAGUAAUGUCAACAGUAACGGGUCACACUGGUCUUCAAGUUCACUGAUAUAUUCACAAUGCAAUCAACAGCUCUGCUAUAAAUAUUAGUUUAGUUUUUAAGAUGUUAAUGUUUGUUGCCUGAAUUGUCACUGAAAGAGACGGACUCAAAUAUUUAAUGGUUAAAUUCAAAACCUCUCGGUUAUAUGAAGUUGAACUGAAUUUUUUAAAGGAAAACUUACAGCAAAGCUGUUGUUUUGGGCGAUAUUUGAUUAUGUAAUUGUGCUUAAAAAUUGGCACAUGUUCAUACAGGUGCGUCUAAAAAAUACAAAGGAAAAAACAUUUUUUUACAUAUUUUAUUUCAAACAAUGAAGCUUCUAUAUAUUUUAAAUAUAUAUUCGGAGCUUAUAAAGAUCUAGUUUUUCUGAAAUUAUCAGAUUAUAUAAGAAAUAUUUAAUUAAAUCUCCUGAUUGGAAACAUUUCAGUUUAGCCAUUUAAACCUUCAUAAUUUAUAGUCAUUUCAUUGAUAUUCGGUUUCUAGUUCCACCUACGAACUUAUGAAUGUUCCAGUAUCUCUUCUCCCCAGCAGAGGGCAGAGUACUGACAGAUAAGAUUAGAUAAGAGGUUUUGCUCUUUCAGCACUUUGCCCUGUUUGAUUGUGAACAGAGACUGUUCAAAGAAAAACUCUGACAUUCCCAAAGUCUCACUUUUAUCCAGAAAUACAGUUCCUGCAGUGGUUUUCCGCAGCUGUGCCAAAAUCUGCAACUCAGGUGUGUGUGAUCAAUAAAUAAAAAGGCGAAGGCGGUCGUGCUAAUGGAACCGGUGGACAGUGUGUGUUUGAAGGGACUUGCUGACCUCUGUCCUCGCGCGGUUAUCGUCACCUGCAGUGAAAUGGGAGACCGAAUGAGGGUGCAGCAGGGAAGGUCUCGUAUUGUUCCUGUCUGAGCAGGAACAAAUAUGUAAACAGGGAGUGGCUGACAUUUCACCACAUUACUGUCACUCUUUUACAGCAGCAAACACUACAACACUCAUACACACACACACACACACGAAGUGCUUAGAAAAGGACAUUUGGUCUCCAAAU